AUUUAGACCAAUCAGUGGAGCGGCCGCCGCGCUAGCGCCGCCCCCUCUGGAGAAACCGCCUUCAUGAAAUUGAAAUACAGAGACAGAAGAGAGUGAGACGCGGGCGCAAUAUCAAGGAACCAUCUGACGGAGCCAGGCGUGCAGAUAUGAGUGUGGCUGCGGACGAAUCGCUGUCGGAGGAGGAGGUGGAGGACCAGCAGGAGGCGGCACAGGAGGACCAGCAGGAGGCGGCACAGUCGAGUUUGGACAAGUCGAGUCCAAACAAAAGCAGCUCCAAAAUACCCGCUGCAGGUGAAAUCAUUGAAGGCAAGCGGGCAAAGAAGACGGUGGAGAGGCUCGACUUCCAGGCCCCGAAGCAGAAGGAGAAGCUCAAGAUAGGAGAUGGAAGCGGAGAUAAGUUAGGAGACAUUCCACGCACGUGUCUAAAGAUCACCAAGAUGAAGACGGCUGACCUGAAGCCUCUGCACGCCAUCCUGUUCGACAGGCCGGGGAAGACGGCGAUUUUAAAGAAGAACCUGCGUCUGUUUAACGGCUUUCCCUUUGCCGCGGACAGCGAAGAGUUCACAAAGAAACGAGAAAAACUUCUGAAGAAUUCCAACUUCACCAACACCAAGCUGAAGGUUGUCUGCGGGGUUCUGGAUCUGGAGAAGAAAGGAACCCACUCGGAUCUCGUCGACAGGAUCCUGACGUUCCUCACCGAACCCAAAAACAGUGGGAAGCGUCUGCCGGUAAAGAAGAAGAGGAAGUCGAAGAAGAGACUGUCAGGCGACGACUCGAAGGCCAGCGCCAAGAAGAGCAAACCCAAAAUCCGGAGCUCCUCGUCCAGUCCCAAGAAGACCAAAGCGGGAAGCAAGUCUAAAGCCAUCGUCAUGGACUCCAGCAGCGACGAGGACGACGAGGAGGAAGAGGAGAAGGCGGCGACGACUUCGGCCGACGACGAGGAAGAGGAGAAGGCGGCGACGACUUCGGCCGACGACGAGGAAGAGGAGAAGGCGGCGAAGGAGUCGGAGACCGAGGAGAAACCUUCAGAGGAGAGGGAGGACCAGUCCGACAAGUCAGAGGAGUCUGAGGAGGAGGAGUCUCCCAAAUCAAAGCCAGCCAGAGGGAAGUCGACCCCCAAAAAGUCAGCUCCCGUGAAAAGGCAGCGGACACCAGCGAAGAAGACGUCUCCUCCUAAAAAGAGAGCGAAGAAGGAAGCGUCAGAUGAGUCCGAUGCUGACAGUGAAGCUGACGAGAAGCCCAAGAAGAAGGCAGCCAAGCCUGCCGCCAAAACCAAGAAGGCCGACAGCAGCAGCAACAUCAAAACCAACACAAACAUAG